ACCAUGGCCUUCACCGGCAAGUUCGAGAUGGAGAGUGAGAAGAACUAUGACGAGUUCAUGAAGCUCCUGGGGCUUCCCAGCGAUGUGGUGGAAAAGAGCCGAAACAUUAAGAUCGUCACGGAGAUAAAGCAGGACGGGCAGGACUUCACCUGGUCCCAUCACUACUCCGGGGGACAAAUCAUGACCAACAAGUUCACCAUUGGCAAGGAGAGUGAAAUACAGACCUUUGGGGGCAAGAAGUUCAAGGCCGUCGUGAACAUGGAAGGCGGCAAGGUGGUGGCGAACUUUCCCAACUAUCAGCACACCUCGGAGAUCAAGGGUGACAAGCUGGUGGAGGUCUCCAGCAUUGGAGGAGUGACCUACGAGCGCGUGAGCAAGAGGCUGGCCUGA